AUGUCCAAUUCCUAUCAGAAUACUUACAGCAACGUCCGGAUAUUGAACACAGGGAUUGUAGGCCCAAUAGAUUUGGUGUGGAAUUUUUUGUGCACGUUAAUUCCCAAUUCGUCACCGAACACAAUAUCAUCUCGAUUUGGUUCCAACGAAUUCGUUGAUGGCGCGACUGUUCUAUAUACUCACUUCGUUCUACCACAGCUAUUACUCUCGUCUGCUUACAAUCAGCAUAUUUGUGCACUGCAUGAUUCCAUAAAAUUGAAAGAGGAGCAAUUUAAAGAAACCAUUCGCCUCAUGUCUCUGAUGAGAAUGGAGCCCAAACAUGCUACACCCGAAGCAUUAUCAUGCUCCUCAUCGGUACCAUCAAUCUCCGAUUUGGAACAGGUGUCGUCGCAUAUCUCGCAGUGUUCCACCGUAAAGCUACCGAGCCUUACGCAGUCACAACUAUCCGAGAUUUUUACGUCUCAGUUGUCGGCCUAUGAAGAUUCUGUGCUUGAAGUCCCGUCACCCGGUCAAGACGCGAUACGGUCAAAUGUCGACCUAGAUCGCACGCCAAGCUUUACAAAUAAUUCAGAGAUGAGUCAGGCGGAGAGGGAAAGAAUUCAAAUGGAAGAAAACUUAAAGGCCGAAGCCGAUGCUCGUGAACGCAGAAUAAGGCAAGAGUUGAAGGAGAUGGACAAAAGGAACGCGGAAAAAGCUACUAAAAAACCUCAAGAAGAAAUAUCACAUAGUCCUGCAAUAACGCUCGUUCAAUUUGAUCUGAACAUGAACGAGAAGGAGCAAGCGGCAUAUCUUAAACGUAUGCGAGUUUCUCUUUCUAUGAAGGAUCUCCCGGCCGUCACCAAAGAAUUUAUAGAGCUCAAAAACAACAAUGUCACUCCGAACCUAGAAAUUUACCACAUUCUCUUAAAAGCCUGCUCUCUGACGGCCGACUUACCUAGCGCGAUUGAAAUAAUCAAACAAAUGUACAAAGAUUCUAUUUCACCCGUCAAGGAGACAUACAAGCAUCUUCUGAGUGUGGUGGAGGCCUCUUCGGAUCACAUGCGGGCAAUUAACAUCGUCAGAUCAAUGGCUAACGGUCAAAUUCCUCUUUCGGAUAAAAAGCAAUUCCUGCAGGGAAGCACUGAUCCGUUGGAAUUUGAAAUCGAUUUGGAUGUGUGGAAAAUGAUGUUGAGCGCCAUAACCACACCGCAUAAGUUAUAUAGCACCCGAAGCAUGGAGUAUUUUGAGGAAGUAAAAAACCUGGGUGAAAUAUUUUUAGAAACCCACAAAAGACCCUUUGACAAAGAAACCUGGAGAUUACUUGUUCGGACAUUAGGAUCAUAUCCUAAGAAAAGUAAAAGCUUCGACUUGGUGUUGAAAGAUCUCCAGGAUGAGCAUUCAAUCACACCAGAACUAUAUUCCGAAAUAAUAUGGGCACUAUCUAGGAAAUCAAAAGUGGAGGAUGCGAUGAUUUAUUUAGACCAAUUGAUUUCCGAUUUUAAAUACAUACCGUCUCGUGAGCCUCUCUAUGCGUUGACUUCAUACUACGCGGAUUUGGGGGAAUAUCAGGAAACCGGUUAUUUAAUAGAAAAUUAUGCCAAGCUAAUCAAGUGUGAGGAACAACCGCCGGGGAGGCCGGGAAAUUGGGAGAUUGACUUUACGACGGUUUUAAUGCAAGCCUACGUUCAGGCACUUCGCAAUAGGACCACUCCUCAGAGAGGUGCAAGUUACCACGGCAAUCCCAUACCAAUAGUAAUGCGGGAGGAUAUCGUGGACCAUUUUUCAAGAGAGAAUUUUACAAAGAGUACAUUCUAUGCGUCCUGGGAGAGGCUGAUGAAAAGUGUUGAGAGAUCGGAUUCAACAUUUUACCGAGAUCAUUAUGAUUUGAUCAUUAGAUUCAACGUUUUUGCAAAUAAAAUUGACGACACCAAAUUUCCUUUAGAGAAUUGCUUGCAAAUGAUAAAAUCCAUGAGAGGAAACGGAAUGGAACCAAGUUUUGAGACCUACAAGUUUUUAUUGGAAGGGUAUUCGAAGUCAACAUCCAACGACACUUCAAACCAUAGGGUUGAAAAGGCCCUGGAAAUUUUCGAAAUGAUUAGGUUGGCUGGUUACGAUGUUGAUAAUUUGCAAGUCUUCCAACCUCUUUUGGACUCCUGUUUGCCAAACGUUAAAUCGAGGGUCGAUGGUCAGACGGCGGUUGGUAAUAGGUUUGGGAAGAAGGCUAAGAAUGGAGUCGAGAGCAUCUCCCUACUUCACAAAUCUUCAACUCCCAAAAUUUUCGAAAUCGAAAAAUUGAUGAAAGGCAUGAAGGUCAUGCACAAUCAAAAAUCCAUUAUAACCAUUCUGGAAUAUCUCGGGGAAACCGGAAAUUAUGCGAGCAUGUGGAAAAGGUGGACCGAAAUCUCGUUAACAGGGCAUCGAAGAAGCGAACUCUUAUAUGAGACGAUACUUCGAUUGGCGUCAAGAGAUUUAACUGAAUCGGAGUAUGCUAUAAAUGUGGUCAGGCACCAGAUGAAGAGGGAACCGCCGCCUAUCAGACCAACCCUUGGAAUUUAUCACCAGUUGUUCGAAUGCUGUCUGAAAUGCAACGAUACCUUAACAAUCAGGGAAUUGAUCGAGGAGAUUAACGACGUUCAAUUUGGAGGGAUGGUGGGGAACCAUUUGAUGAAGAGCGGCGAUUACUCAGGUGACGGUAGGUCCGGAUUUUUUGGCACGGAUUCCUUGAUAGUUUCGAAAGAGGAUCAAUCGAAGUUGCAAGCGCUGGUAUUGAACACUUGUUUCAAAUUGCCCGUCUUAUACAAAGACGGCGAAAAAUUGGCACGGAAUAAUUUAGAGUGUAGAAAGGACUUGAUAGAUUUCGACUUUUGGAAACUGCUGUUAGAUUAUUAUACCGAACACGAUGAUUCCAAUGUUCAAAAAACAUUUGAAAUGUUUGUGGAUUGGAGAGAUCAUAAUCGUGGGUUCAAUAAAUCGGAUAUGUUCGGAGGGGAUGAUGAGUGUGUUGACACUACCACGGAUCAUAUCGCAACCGCUACGAGAAUCCAGGAUUUGAGAUUUCCAAUUCCACCCUUGACCUUAGAAGACAUUGAGAUCAUUAAUAUCUAUGGUAGAAAUUCCAUUCGGAAGGGGGAGUUUAAUUUAGCCAAGGAAAUUCUGACCUACAUUAUUACCAACUUUCAACUGUCACCUCCCGCUCCUCUGAAAUUGACGAAACCGCACAUUUCAUCAUGUCAAAUUUCCAACUUUGAUCGUCCGACUGCAUCUUCCUCAUCCUCCAAGAUAGAUAGUAGAAUAAUCGAUAUGAACAUUUUAAAGGAAUUCGCAUAUUUAACUUUCAAGCAAAACAAACUUGACGAAUUGCGCUGGUUAGAAAAAAACAUAAUAACCAAGAUUGGAUUCUUUUCCACGCCCUCCGCCGCCUCCUUCCCCUCUACCUCCUAUUCCGCUUCCUUACCAAGCGACCAAAAGGAAUUUGCCCAAAAAAAGGAUUUCGAAAUAUUAUUGAAAUGGAUAACCAAAUGCUUAAGUGUUUCAUCCCUUUCAUCACCUCCGAUAUCUCCUCUGAGGCAUAAUAAAAAGAGAACAAAUGGAUCGUCCACAGAACGUCCUACGUCAUACGAAUCGUAUGUUAACCAUACGCUCCAGGAAGAAUCUGCUUCAGCUAACGAAGUGCUCAAAAGCUUAAAUCACCUUGCAGCAAAAUCCAACACCGCGAAAGAUGGUGAAGGGGGGAGAGGCACCAAGGUUUAG